CGAGAUCUUCCAAAGCUCGACGACUUCCAACUCUCUUGUCACCUCAACGCCUUUUGGAGCCUGACACCCCUAUCAAUUGCACCCUUGAACACUCAAGAACAUCCCUACAGCUCCUGAUCGAGCUUCACCACCACUCUUCCUACACAUAGCACCAUGUCGGGCCUCAGGAUAUUAGUACCCAUCAAAAGGGUCAUUGACUAUGCUGUCAAACCCCGAGUCAACCGCGCUCAAACCGCCGUCGAAACCGCCAACGUGAAACACAGCAUGAACCCCUUCGACGAGCUCUCCAUUGAGGAAGCUGUGCGUAUCCGCGAGCGCAAGGUCCCCGUCGAGGAAAUCGUCGCCUUCAGCGCUGGCCCGCAAAAAGCGCAAGACGUGCUGCGUACCGCCCUGGCCAUGGGCGCAGACCGCGGUGUCCACGUCGUAGUAGAAGAAUCGGAGCAGCUGGAGCCGCUGGGCGUCGCCAAGCUGCUGAAGGAGGUGGUGGGGCAGGAGAAGAGCAAUCUGGUCAUAUUGGGCAAGCAGAGCAUCGACGACGACGCGAAUCAGACAGGACAGAUGCUUGCGGGGCUGCUGAACUGGCCGCAGGCGACGUCGGCGUCAAAGGUCACGAUUGAGGGGGAUAAUGUGACGGUUACGAGGGAGGUGGAUGGGGGUGUGGAGACGCUGAAGGCGAAGCUGCCUAUAAUCAUCACGACGGAUCUGCGGUUGAAUGAGCCGAGAUAUGCCAGCUUGCCGAAUAUCAUGAAGGCGAAGAAGAAGCCGCUGGCUAAGAAGACGUUGAAGGAUUACGAGGGUGAUUUUUCGGCGAGGUUAAAGACGCUCAAGGUUACGGAACCACCACCAAGGAAGGGCGGCGUGAAGGUUGAUGACGUUGAUGGUAUGAUUGGAAAGCUAAAGGAGCUGGGAGCCCUAUAAGGGGUUGGUAGGCACGACAUGAUACGAUUGAUGUGUAUAUAGGUGGAUUAGAAGUGCUUUCAACUCAGCAUCAAUGCAACAAAUAGAACUCUAUGGAAUAGGAUAUGUUCUUCUUCAAGCAGGAGAUUGCUUCAAUUGUAAAUAUUAGAUAUUUGACAACUUGAUUGGUUUGUUCUGAAAGCUGGUGGAG